AUGACAGACGUUGCGCCACCUUCAAGCUCUACACCUAACGACUAUAUACUCAGCUUAUCAGACGAGCAAAUAGAUCAUGAUCAAAAGAUAGGUAUCAAAGCCAUCCGGUUGUUUUUGCAGAGCAAAACUUCAUACGAUGUAUUACCUGUGAGUUAUAGACUAAUCGUCUUGGACACAUCGUUAUUGGUUAAAAAGUCAUUGAAUAUCUUGCUACAGAAUAAUAUUGUUUCUGCUCCAUUAUGGAACAACAAGACAUCUCGAUUUGCUGGUUUGUUGACGUCAAGCGAUUUUAUUAACGUUAUUCAAUACUAUUUCCAAUACCCAGAAAAGUUUGAGCUUGUUGAUCAGUUAACUUUGGAUGGGUUGAGAGAUGUCGAAAAGGCCAUUGGUGUUGAUCAAAUAGAAACGGCUUCAAUACACCCAUUCAAGUCGUUGUACGAAGCAUGUGUGAAAAUGUUGGAGUCGAAAGCUAGAAGAAUCCCCUUGUUGGACACCAAUGAAAACGAAGCAAGGGAUAUAGUUGUCAGUGUGUUGACUCAAUACCGUAUUUUAAAAUUCGUUGCUUUGAACUGUAAAGAGACCAAGAUGUUGCUAAAACAAAUUCAACACACUGAACUCAACAAACCAAAACAAUUGAGCACUUGUACGAUGGAUACUCCUGUCAUUGAAGUGAUUCACUUGUUGACUUCAUAUUCAAUCUCGUCUAUCCCUAUAGUGAAUGAAGAAGGUAAAUUGAUAAAUGUUUAUGAAACAGUUGACGUGUUGGCCUUGGUCAAGGGGGGCAUGUAUACUGACUUGGACUUGUCUGUUGGAGAAGCAUUGUUGAGGAGAUCAGAAGAUUUCGAAGGUGUUCACACGUGUACGGUUAAUGAUAGAUUGAGUACUAUUAUGGACACAAUUCGGAAAUCAAGGUUGCAUAGAUUGUUUGUUGUUGAUAAUGAAGGGAAGUUGAUUAAUGUGAUUACAUUGAGCGAUAUUCUAAACUAUAUAUUGUUUGGAGAAGACCAAUAA